AUGUCAGAUCCAACUGAUCAAACAACAACAACCACAACAACCAAUAAUGCAACAGCACCGACUGAUACAACAACCACAACAAAUGAUCUUACAAUGAACGAUCUCGAAAGCAAUAAUGAUAAUGAUUCAAUCCCAUCAACCUCUACUUUGUUUCCUGAUAUCGUCCCUCCCGUCACACGCCCAGACUCACUCCCGUCGGAUGUAUUCCAAGCAACCCUGAUCGCAUCCAAGACUCCGAUCUCUUCCUCUAUCGUACCUGGUCAACAAGAGAACAAACAGAUACAUUCAAACACUUUAAAUAUUCAUUAG